GGUAGACAAACCGCAAAGCUACCUGAAACUGAAUUGCUGUAACUGUAACUAGUGUAACUGAAUCUCUUAAUAAUAAAGAGUGGCCCAAAAGUCAAAGAAAAAAAAAAAAUUAUUCAUUGAAUUUAUAUAAUUUAAAACUAGUAAAAUGAUAAUCAUCAUCAUUAGCUAAAAUUUUAAUGAUACUUGUGUGCAUUAAAUUAUGUCAUUAUAUUAUUAUAUAGUAAUUACUACUUGAAGUACUUGACUACUUAUUAGGCUUAGGCCUAUGCCUAUGCCUAUGGCCUAUGCCUGCACUACAGACUACUGUACUAGUACUGCUACUAUUUUAUUACUAUUUAAUUAAUAUAGGCCUAGCCUAAUAUAAAUGUAAUAUAUAUUAUAUUGAAAAUAAUAAAUACUGUAAACUUAUUUAUAUUUUUGAUGGAUAAUUAAUUAAUGUGGAUUAAACUUGAAAUAACAAACUUUACAAAAAUUACAAACUGUUUAUGUUAAAUUUCAAUCAAAUUCAAAUCAAUAUCACUCAAAAUUGGACUAGGCAGGGUAGGCUCAAUUAUUAAAUUAUAAAAUAAUACAGUGAAAGUGCAGUUCUUUAAUUAAAGAAUACACAUGACGUAAUUCAUGACAUGCAAAAAUAUGAAAAUCAGAAAUUAUGUAGGCCUACGCACCUAAACUCAAACUCUACUAUAAAGUGGAUUCAAUUCAAAUUGGAAAAUUUGUAGUUAAUUCACUAAUAAAAAUGCGGAGUUAACUGCUGCUGACUGUGUUCAUUAUCAAAUUCUUUGAAAUCAUGGGCAUGGGCUACUUCCAUAAUUGAAUAUGUCUUUUGUCUACUAUUACCUAUAACAGUGGUUCUCAACCUGUGGGUCGUGACCCCUUUGGGGGUCGCAUGACCCUUUCACAGGGGUCGCCUAAGACCAUCUGAAAACACAUAUCCUCUACUGUUAUAUCGUAUCAACGAAAAUAUUUUUGUUGUUGCGGGUCGCCACAACAUUAGAAACUGUUUUAAAGGGUCGCGGCAUUAGAAAGGUUGAGAACCACUGACCUAUAAUGACCUGUCUAUAUAUCUACAGUCUACAAGCUGAGCUUUUCUCUGUAUUUUUGGCAGAAAAAUACACUUUUUUGUAUGUAUUGUCCUUCAAUGUUCCUCUACCCUGUAUAAUUUAUACAUUAAUUAGGUCCACCAAGUACUACCAUUUGGCCUACUACUAAAUUUUUAAUGUAACAGUAGGCACUGUUACUUGUAGACUGAAUGGUUUCAUUAAAUUCAUUAAUCAUUAGGAUCUCUCAUUAUUAUUAUUGAUAUCAUGAUUCCAUAAUGUAUUAUCUCUUAUUCACUGCAAGCAGUUCAAAGUUUUAAAAUUUCAAAGAAAUCAAAACAAGUCUAAUUUACUCAAUUCAAAAACAAAUUCAAAACCCAAAGGUAUAUAAAUAAUAUAGAUAGACCUUGCCUAAGAUAUAUUUAUAAUUUAAACUAUAUGAGUAUUAGUACAUCCACAUAAAUUGUUAUAAAUUAGAUGACUUCAAGCCAGUUAAGCUUAUACUUAAGGCUAUGCCCAUAACUUAUGAAAUAAUGCUAUUAAAAAAAACUACAAUUUAAAACACACAAAAAUGAGAUAUCCACUUAGGCUCCUCUGUGGAUUGUUGAUUCCCAGUAUUUAACGCAUUUAGUGAAUCAAAACUUCAUCAAUUCAUCAAAACCGACAUCAAGUCUAUUAUUAAGUCAAAACAAAUUUUCAAUUUUCGUGUUAAUUAGCCUUAGCAGAUUUUAUGUUUCCUAAACUCAUCAAUAGUAAAUCCAUUUGAACUAUCAUUUUUGAAAAAAUUAUUCUGUUUGCCAUACUAAAAAUAAAUUCAUGUUGCCCAAUAUUGUUCCAGGUUUCUAACUCUAUAUAAUGACUGAUGAGGAAGCCAAAGGAAUUGAAAAGGGUAGGCUUAAUAUUUGAGCUCACAAUUCAUCACACUGAAAUUUGAAAUUUAUAAACAAUAGAUUACCAUAGUUUGACAAUUAAAUUUGACAUUUGACAAAUGAAGCACAUUUGAUUUGAUUAAUUAGAGAGAUUCAAAAAUUAUUAAAACUUCUUUUUGCAUUGUCACUCAAAUUAAAAUACUUUUUUUUCAUGAAAAGAGAGAGAAAAAAAAGAGAACUAUCAACAUGCUUACAUAUAAAUUAUUUAGAAAAAAAUAUUCAACUCAUGAUUAAUAUUAGAUACAGAGAAAACUAAUAUACUUUAAGAAAAAGUACCACCAUUUACUCAUUUAGGUAAUGUCUUUAUGAGUAAUUUGAAAAAGCAAUUAUGGCCUGAUUACCAUUAUUAUAAUAUAUCAUUGGUUAACAAUGCAGAAACAUUCCAGGUGCUUAGAUAUAAGCAGUUCACUGUGAUUUAAUCUUUCCUUUCUUUAUUUGCAAUACAAUACAAAUAAUUACUGGUGGAAAAAAUGUGGAUAAAAGUUGUAUCUACAAUCAUAAAUUAGGACAAAUGCAAAAUUUAAAUAAUUAUUAUUGACAGAGAUGAUUAUGGUGUCAUACAUUUGUUUGAUACAAACGAAAAAAAGUUUUAAAAUUUUAAAAAUUCUUUCUUUUUUUUUUUUUUUUAAAUUUCUGUAAGCCUCUGUUAAGGUAUUUGAGGAGCAGCGUUUUGUCAUUUACAAUUUCGACACUCCUGGGAAAUGCCAAGUCACAAUUCAACCUGUCCAAGGGUGAGACUAUCAUCAAAUGCAUACCUUUUUUACUGGUACAUAUUAAGUUUUAAGGCAGAAGCGGAAAUGUUUUUAACUCCAUUUGUUAAUGAUAUUGGCAUGUUAGCAAAAACCAGGAAGGAAAUAUUAAUUAAUAUAAUGAAAGCAAAAAGUACUAUUUUUACUUUUAAUAUAAAAAUGCAGAUCCUUAAACUAACUUUUAAAAAAUUAUCUUGGAAAUGGUACAACUUUUAAAUUUUUUUUUUUUUAAAUUUAUCUUUAUUUCAUUCAGUGUUAGAAAAGACAUCUUUUAGACACAUUUAAUUCAUGUUUUUUUUUUUAUUAUCUUUAACUCUUUCUAUUAUGAAAUGUCUAGUGACAAAGAACAAAUUAUUUUUGAAGUCCUCUCUGGUGGUAAAGUUGUAGCGGAACGUAAAUCGGAGCCAUUUCCGAAAAAGAAAAUUAAAAUUAAAAAGGUAUGUGCAAAUGUCAUCAACAUUUAAGUUUCUACAAAGCAAUACAUUUUAUGAAUUACAAUUAUUUUAUUAGCCUUGGGAAGUCUAUAGUAUAAAGAAGUAGCUUCUCAUCACCCACAUGAAUGUAUCACAAUCAAUAAUAAAAGUAGACUCCCAAAAGAAACAUUUCAACAGGGUAUUGAAAAACCCAAAUUAUGUAUAAAUAUUAUGCUGACAUCUCCCCCCCCCCCUUCCCCCUCCCCAAAACAAACAAACACAAACAUAAAAUUCAGUUUUUUUUCCAGACUUUCCAGACUUUCCAGUUAUUUGCAACAGCAUUGCUCAAAAAGCAUGGGGAUGAACAUUUCUUAUUCCUUUCAAGCUGCACAUUUAUUUUAACAACUGUGCAUUAUCUCAUUUUUGUCAGUGAUCAAAAAUAGUUUUUUGUUGUUUUUUUUUUUUGUUUCAGAAAUCAGGGGAAGAAAGAGGGUCAGAUGGUUACAAAAUUGGGUUUAAAUACAAAUCUGACAUUGUUCUGGGGAAUUACUUUGAUGUCCCAUCUGUAUAACCCACAGAUGAAUCUAGUGAAUAAACAGAUGGCCCUGGCUAGCUUGUCUGCUCAAGUGUAGCCGACUGACUGCUAACUUGCUAUUUCUGUAAUAUCUUUAUUGAAACAAUGUUUAUUUCAACAGGGUAUUGAAAAACCCAAAUUAUGUAUAAAUAUAAUGCUGACAUCUCCCCCCCCCCCUUCCCCCUCCCCAAAACAAACAAACACAAACAUAAAAUUCAGUUUUUUUUCCAGACUUUCCAGUUAUUUGCAACAGCAUUGCUCAAAAAGCAUGGGGAUGAACAUUUCUUAUUCCUUUCAAGCUGCACAUUUAUUUUAACAACUGUGCACUAUCUCAUUUUUGUCAGUGAUCAAAAAUAGUUUUUUGUUGUUUUUUUUUUUUGUUUCAGAAAUCAUGGGAAGAAAGAGGGUCAGAUGGUUACAAAAUUGGGUUUAAAUACAAAUCUGACAUUGUUCUGGGGAAUUACUUUGAUGUCCCAUCUGUAUAACCCACAGAUGAAUAUAGUGAAUAAACAGAUGGCCUUGGCUAGCUUGUCUGCUCAAGUGUAGCCGACUGACUGCUAACUUGCUAUUUCUGUAAUAUCUUUAUUGAAACAAUGUUUAUUUACCCUAAAUGACUGAAAUGUAACAUUGUAUUAACACGUAUUAUUUGGAAGUAGUUUUAAAUGUUUUCAUUAUGAAACAAGGUUUUACUCUCAGCUCAAGUCACUUCUUAAUUAUGCAAAUUCACUUGAAAUAGUAGCAAAACAAGGAUGAUUUGCUAAAGUCAACUUGUCCGUCUGGCUAACCAAAGAGUUUAUGCUGUGCAGUGUUUACAAAUAUGAGGAUGACUGGGCAAUGCUAUUAAUUAAAAUUGAGGAUUUCACUGAUGGGACAUUUAGUACAAUCAUGACGGUGACUGCGGUCAAUAGAUUAUUAGAUAAAACUUAUCACAAAGAAUGACAGCACUGUAUUGAAACCUACAAACUUUUUUAUAGAUUGAAAUCCAUUUAUGAGAUUUAUGGUAGCAACUGACAAGAUGAAACUAAUUAAAUUUGGAUCAAAAAUUGUUAUUUUUAAUGAAUAACGGAAAGAUAACAAUCAAUACCUGUGUCAGUGUUACUUGAAAGUACAAAGAAAUCAAAAGAUAAUCAUUUGAAGAAAAAUAUUUAGUUAGAUCUACUUUCUCAGUAUUUGGUUGCACCAAUGAAAUAUUAGUAGACUUAUAACUUGGUUUCUGUAUAACUUCAAAUGUUGCUAAUUUUAAAAAUAAUUUAUUAGAAAAUUAAUUUUUGCAAAUUUUUAAUACAGCUAAAAUGACUAGAAUUUACAAUUAUGAUUUGGUUCAAUGACUGAACCAAUUAAUUAUAACAGUGCAAUACACCAAUGAUCAAAAUGAGGCGAAAUAUAUUUCUAUAAUAUGCAUUUAACAAAACCAUUUAUUGUUUUCAUCAAAUUAUUUCUCCUGAAAUCCCAAUUUAGCCAUCUGUUGAUAUAAAGUUCUUUAUGUGUUUUGUUCUGGGACAUUAUUGUUUUGAUUUGUUCAAUGAUAUUGUUUUAGCGAAGUGCUAAGCCAUGUUCAGUAGUGAUAACAUAAUAUAUGUUAUGUUAUGGACAAAAACAUUUUUUCUUCAGCUCCUAUCUGUCAUAAAUUACGCAUGUUUUUUCUUAAAGAUAAAAUUUAAAUCUAGAAAUGUUUUGUUUAGUCACCUUUUCUGAUCUCAUUUAACACGUAAUAUUUUUCCAUGAACAAAUUGGGUAGUGCAAUCAAUACCUCUUAAAUACUGAUGCUUUUUAACAUAAGUUGGGACACUAUUUUAUUGACCCCAAAAUUUAAGUACCGGGUAAACAUUAUAUUGAAUGGGCCCUGUCCACAUAUUUUUUAUUGAUGGUCUUAGACCUUAAGGUUUUCUCCAGAAUCUCUGCUGCUAUAAAUACUGGUCUCUAAAGGCAGUGACUUUAUUCAAUAGAUUGCAUGAUAGAUUUUCAUGUCAUUUUAAUAUCUCACCAGCUUUAAGCAAGUAAUUUUCAAAACAAACUACUAGUGUCAUUCAUGAAUGGUCUGUGUUUAUUUGCCUUGUAAUUGUUUUAGAGACUAAAUUCUGCACUAUGAAUAUUUCUUAGUUUAAUUAAAAUUUCACCGCCUUUUAAUUUUCAUUAUACAAAUAGCUCAUAGACAAUUGUUUUAAUUUUAAGAUUGUUUAAGAAGGCCUACUGUACAUUUUGUGCCAAGUUAUUUGAUUGGAGAUAUGACAACUACAUUGUGCGCCGAGCUAUUUAGUUGGAGGUAAACUCAGUGAGCACUGAGAAUAUAUCAGCUUCUUAGUCCAAUGGUUUAUUAUUGUGCAAUAGUUUCUUGUAUUUAUGAGUUUUGCAACAUUUUACUUAUGAAUAAUUAUAAUCUUUAUGUCAAUGCAAUCAUUCGCCCCAUUCCAUUUUUAUUUUUUUAUGCCUCUGUUUUGU